AUGGCCUCGAAAUUCACUUUUCCACCUCAGAAGGAUCAAGGUACUGGUUUCACCUUCCCCCCGACAAAUAUAGUAGAAAACUCCAACAGCAACAACCAGAUAUCGAUAAAUAUUGAUCCUUCGAGUCAAGAUCAUUCACUAGAGAUGAGUGGAACGCCUCAAGAUUCAAUUCCUUUGCAUCAAUCUAUCGCGGGUGCCCCCAUUAUUGAUAUCCCAUCUCCCAUUGAUAUCUCAGAAGGAACUUCAGUAAGUGACCAAUUGCUUUUACAGCAACAGCAACAGUUAGAAGAGGGCGAGACACCUAUAGAAUCUUUUAUUGACCAGCAAGGUGGUCAGAAGGAUUUUUCAGUUAUAGAACAACAAGAGCAGCCAAGCAUGCAAGAGUCAACACCCGCGGAUAUUACGGCCAAAUCUGUAGCUGAAGAUUACGUAGCUACUCUGAGGCAGCAAAUGGCUACAGAUUGGAAAAGUCCUUCUGAAUAUGCUCUUCAUAUCCUUUUUACAAAAUUUAUUCGUUAUGCCGAGAAUAAAUUAAAUAUGUGUCUACAUCAACUAGUCUUGGCGGAACCUCCAAUUGUGGAAAUUCUUGGGGAAGGCAUUGAUCCGAGCUUCGAUGAAAUAAUCAAAUCUUUAGGUCAUAUCGCGAAAAAAAAACCGAAACCAGUUAUUGAUGCAAUGAUGUUUUGGAGGAAGACGAAAUCUGAAGCAGCAAAUUCUGCUUCUGAAGAAGUGGAAAAACUUUUGAAAGAUUAUGAAUUUGAAAACGCUCAUCCCUCUCAAGCCCAUUUCUUGAUGAAUAGGCGACUAUCAAGAUCUUCUAGCAAUACUACCUCGAAGUACAAACAUGGCAACAGCAUCAACGGCGUUUCUAGCAUAAAAAGGCAUGCUUCUUCCUCUUUUAACAACAAAGUCCCCUUGCUUAAAGCUAGUAGUGGUAAUAGCAGCACUGUGUCAAGUCCAUCCAUAGCAAAUUCGCAAUUGAAAAGCCUAGAGAAAGAAAUUGAAUUGGCAAAAGAAGAAGCCUUCUUAGCGGACAGGAAGUCUUUGAUUAGCAUAUACAUCCUUUGUAGAGUGCUAAAUGAAAUCGUCAAGCAGGCGCCCAGUAACGAAGAAGAAGAUUUAUCCGAUAAGCUAGAAGAGAUCGUUUUCACUCAGUUAAAAACGACUGAUCCACUUUCCAUAUCUUCCAGCUUAAUUAAAUCCUCUAACUGGAAUUCAUUUGCUGAACUUCUAGGCUCUAUGUCGGAAAAAAAAUUUCUGUCGGUGAGCGAUCGAUUUAUAGCUGAUCUAGAAAAAAUCCCAGCGUAUAUACCCCCGGAGUUAGAGCCAAGUACCCAUUUGUUGAUCCUUGGUAUGAGAUAUUUGAAGCUGAAAAAUUAUCCAUUGGAGAAGUUUGAAGAAAGUGCGGAUUUCAUGAAAAGCUUAUCAAAGUUCUUCUCAAAAACUGAAAAUUUCCCGGUAUGUUUAGCGUAUGCUGAAGUCACAAACCAGUUAUUAUUGCCCUUGGCCGGCUCAUUGACGGCAGAAGUUAAUCAUCCGACGUGGGUAGAAGCAAUGUCUACUUUACUGGACACUGCUAAGCGCCUACAGGCUGAUAAUAAGUAUUGGGUAAGUGGUUUCAAACUAACAGUUUCUAUUUUAUGUGCAUCACCUCCUGAUUUAUUUUCUAAACAAUGGUUAGCGCUACUGGAGGCAAACGCCUCAAAAGUUAAAUCCAAAAGCUUGAAUGAAAGGAUCAUCUUUGCAGUAGGUUUAUCAAGAUUGGUUUGGGUUUAUCUAUACAGAUGUCCGGAAACUUUAAAUAAUACUACAAGAACGCUUAUCAAACUUUUACAAUUAUACUUAAACACAAGGAAGAAGGAGAAUUGGAUAACUGGGGACUUUGGGCUUUUGAACCCCUUGACAGAUGCGCUAAUAUCAAUUGGAUUUUUGCAUCCAAAUUUCUUAAUGGAGCAAGCCCUUAUUUUGUUGAUACGACAAUCGUUCAAUGGUACUAAUCUGGAAAACAUCAACUCCGAAAAAUUGAUUUUAACUAUAAAUACCUAUAAAGGUUUGUUGGUCACUAAGGAAAGACCGAAGUUCCCUGAAGCUGAUAAUCGACUUUAUGAAUUGAAUUUGAAUAACAUUACAGUGAAUCAGGUGCAGGAAGCGUCCUCCAUAAAUCACAACGAAAUAACGGAUUACUUUUAUAAAUUAUUUCUUCUAUUAGAUUCGAGCAUUGGCUCUGAAGUCUGGUCUCCUGAAAACCUGCACCAAAAGCAAUCGUCAAACACAUUCAGUCCAUUUAGCUUUAGUUUUUCUAAUGAUAAUGACGUAAGUAAAAACAAGUCGUUUUAUGUUAUAUUGUUUGGUACUAUCAUUGAAGCCAUACCAUGCUGCCUGUCUGUUUCACGCAAUAUUCCAUAUAAAUCUACAAUUGAGAUUUUAUCAAGAAAUGCUGUCCAUUCGGAGUCUAUUAUUUCUUCCAGCAGUCAGAACGCACUGAGGGCAUUGGCUGCUAAAAAGAAUCCAUACACACUAAUCACAUGGUUUGCGAAGUAUUCGUUCGAUUUCGAUGAAAAGACGCAGUCGAGUUAUAACAUGUCGUAUCUGUCAUCUAAGGAAUAUAACAGACUAUUGAUGCUUUAUGUAGAGCUUUUGGAAUGCUGGCUGGAAGAGUUUCAGUCAUCUAAUAAGGAGGAAAACAAGAAAGAGACCGGUUUGGACGGAAUUCGCCUGUUGCCAGUCGACCCAGAACAAGAAGAAAGUAAUGAAACGCAAAAACUGGAAUGGAAAAAUACAGUAACGGUUAUUGAAGAAGUAGAAGGGAAUGGUUUAUUUUUUCUCUGCUCACAUGAUGCAAGGAUCCGUAGAUUAGGUAUUCAAAUAUUGAGAAUUAUAUUCAAAUUUGAUGAAGCCAUGAUGGAAAAGACUGAGAAGUUAUCAAAUGGACAUUCAAGGUCAUCAUCCCACUUCGCAGCUGACCGUGGCACAAGACUUAUCGAUUUAUUGAAUGAGUGUAACACUUCUACUCUAAUAAAUCCCCAUAAAGCAACAUUAAGUGCAGUUGAAAAGACGAGGUUCACUAGAUUGAAUUCCAAAUAUAAGAAGGGCUUACUCGUCAAAUUGGCUGAAUCAGAAUACGGAGUUGAUGCCGCAUUAUGGCAAAGGGCAUUUCCUAAAUUGUUAGCAUUGGUUUUCAAGACUUGUCCGAUGGCAAUGGCGUUAUGUCGAUCUAUUGUCUGCAUAAGGUUGGUUCAAGUACAUGAAAUAAUUUUGCGUGUGGCCAAUGAUGUUGACUUCAAACCCAAAAAUGUUUUGCCGGAAACAAUAGUAAAUCAAUGGAAGCUUUAUCUGAUUGCAGCAUGUACUUCUUUAACGUCCACAUUUGACCAAAAACUACAUAUCCCGUCUAAUAUCCCCCAACAUGGCAGAAAAAAGAGUCAACAGAUUUUCACCGUUCAGCACCAGAAGAUCAAGUCUGCGAAGUCAAUUUUCAAGAUGGUUCUUCCCUUAUUGAAUGCGAAAUACAUUAUGAUCAGGGACGCCAUAAUAACAGGGUUAAGUUCGAUGAAUAUCAAUAUUUUCAAGGCAUAUGUGGAGGCCAUUGAUGUAUUUUUAGUGGCCUGGAAAGAAGGAAGCUCCAACAACCAAAUUAGAGUGGAAAUGUUUCAUAUCUUAACAAUUCUAUCGCCAUAUCUGAAAGCGGAUAUGAUAUUUAAUGAUGAAUGGAUACUCCGGAAAUUGUCAGAGUUUUUGCAGAAAACAAAACAAUUUCUUGAAAAGGACUCUGUGCAAAUCUCCUACGAGUAUCAAUCAUUGCGAAGCUAUUUCGCAGGUCUUAUACUGAGCUAUUAUAUGGCAAUGAGAGAGCAUCCUUUAAUUGACCAAUUAUUUCCUUUUCAAGCACGGGCGUCGUGUUUCAAUUAUUUGAAGGAAUGGUGCGGUUAUGGCGAGUACGAACCGAUAUCUGAAGAGAGAUAUGCCAUCAUGAUCAAAAAUACAGAAAAUAACAGAGACAGAACUGCGAUCACUACUGGAAUAGAGUUUCAAAAAAAUAGGCUUCAGAUGAUCGUAUUAGAGACGAUGGUCGUAUUAUGUUCAGACCCAAUAACUCAAACGUUGAAUGAUGAUUUAGAUUUACCUAUCGUAAUUUCUUUCGAUACUGAUGACUUACUUGCCUGGAUCGAGGCAUUAUUCGACUCGGACAACAGUACUGUGACAAACCUUGGGGUGCGUGCUUUGGAGAAUUUGCUGGAGAAAAAUAGGGAAAACUCCAAACUAUUCAGAGAUGUUGCAUUUCAGUGUGUUUCGCACCACUCACAUCCUUCGGUAGCUGUUCUGUACUACACCACACUUUGUAAGUCCGUCUUAAAAUUGGAUAACUUGGUUUUAGAUGAGGAUGAAUUAGUCUCCUUGGGUUUGUACGGAUUAGUGGCGGAUAAAGAAGAUACCAGGACUUUUGCCGUUGAUUUACUUUCGGCUGUUGAAGCCAAGUUGCAUAAUUCUUCUUAUACUAAGGUAUUCAAGGAGAGGCUUGCAAAUUCCUCCAAAACUGUUUAUAAAUCGACUGCGAAGGAAAUUUCUAGCAUAUUCGCCGAACUGCUCUCCCAAGAUUUGUGUCUGAGAAUAUUUUCGAGCUUGGUUAGAAUACUUGACUUGUUUCCUUUUGAAAUAAAGAGAGAUUUACUAGUGCUUAUGGUGCCUUGGGUGAACAAAUUCACUUUGAAAUCCUUAGAGGAGCAAGAUACCUUUAUGGUUCUGAAUAACCUAUUCUAUAUCACCAUCGAUCUCAACGAUUCUUUACCAAACGAAGUAGAGCAGCUAUGGAUUUCUCUGGGUAAAGGUAAUUCAUUUCAAAACAUACAUGUGUCAUUGGAAUACAUUAUUAAUUCUUCAAUGAACCAUUGCAAUCCACUCUUUGUUCAGUAUGCGAGGGAUAUUGUCUUAUAUUUGGCAAAUAUUCCUGGUGGCAUUGGACUAUUGGAUACUCUACUGAAUAACUUGGAACCCAAAUGCAUGGUUCCUUUAGCGAAGCAUACGUUUGCUGAGCCAAUAACCAAUAAUAAGUACUCCUUUUUAGGGAAUAUUUGGGAACGUCUGAAUUAUACUGGGAAAAAAGUUAUAUUUUCCAAGGCACAGCUUUCAAUCAUCUUUUUAGUUAAUUUGUUAACAAAUUUGAGUGAAUCUGUAAAAGUUAAAAUUCCACUACUAUUACAUAUGUCCAUUUGCUUGCUCGAUCAUUAUGUUCCGCUUAUUCAUGAAAGUGCAUGUAAAAUUGCAUCUACAUUAAUAUUUGGAUUGGCACCAACUCAUGAAAAAUCAGAGGAAACUGUAAAGCUGUUAAGAAAUAAGCAUGCCUUGUGGUCGUACGAUAACUUGAUGAAAAAGGGUGCUAGAUCUCCCAAAACCAUGGAUUUGCUGAUAAGAAAUAUUAUUGGUAUAUUUUCAGAUUUAGAGGAAUUUCAAGUAACUUGGCAAAGAAUUGCCUUGAAAUGGGCUACUACUUGUUCAGUAAGGCACAUAGCGUGCAGGUCAUUUCAAAUUUUUAGAUCGUUAUUAACAUUCUUAGAUCAAGAGAUGUUACGUGACAUGCUUCAUAGACUCUCAAAUACUAUAUCGGAUGGAAAUGUCGAUAUACAAGGAUUUGCCAUGCAAAUUUUAAUGACUCUAAACGCAAUUAUGGCCGAACUUGAUCCGACAAAUUUGAUCAGUUUCCCGCAGCUGUUCUGGUCCAUCACGGCAUGUUUGAGUAGUAUUCACGAGCAGGAGUUCAUUGAAGUAUUAUCAUGUCUGAGCAAGUUCAUUUCUAAGAUCGAUUUAGAUUCUCCGGAUACUGUGCAGUGUUUGGUUGCCAUUUUCCCUUCAAAUUGGGAGGGCCGGUUUGAUGGUUUACAGCAAAUAGUCAUGACCGGAUUGAGGUCUUCAAAUUCAUUAGAGAUCACAUGGAAAUUUUUGGAUAAGUUGAAUUUGUUGAAGGAUAGCCGAAUUAUAGCAAAUACAGACUCUAGGCUGUUAUUUGCAUUAAUUGCAAACCUUCCACGAUUUUUGAAUGCAAUGGAUCGUAAAGAUUUUACAGGUAUCCAAGUAGCGGCGGAUUCCUUGAUUGAGUUAGCGAAUGCGUAUAAACAACCUUCACUAUCCCGCUUGAUAGAUUCGUUGGCAAAGAACAAGUUUAGAUCCAAAAAAGAUUUCAUGAGCCAAGUAGUAAGUUUCAUAUCCAGAAACUAUUUUCCCUUAUAUUCUGCCCAAACAUUGGUAUUCUUAUUGGGUCUUUUGUUCAAUAAAAUAGGAUGGAUCAGAGUUCAAACUUUAGAAAUUUUGAAAUACGUCUUUCCGUUAGUUGAUUUAAAAAGGCCAGAGUUCAUUGGAGUUGGCGCCGAUUUGAUCUCCCCUUUACUAAGAUUAUUAUUUACUGAAUAUGAAGCAAACGCUUUAGAAGUCUUGGAUUGUGUGCCAAAUGUUUCUGGAAGUAAGAUGGAUAAGGAUGUCCUAAGGAUAACAAUGGGAAACAGAGAUGUGAAAGAGGGCGACAACGCUACUACUACUUUAUUUGGUUUGCCAGAAGAUAGUGGCUGGUCUGUUCCUAUGCCAACAAUGACUGCAGCCACCACAAGACACAAUGUUCACGCAGUGUUUAUGACAUGUGGCACUAGCAAAUCCGACGAAAUUUCUGCUCAUGGAUCGGAUGAUAUGGAUGCGGUCAUAGAAUUUCAUGCAGAUGGUGACUACGAACUUGGUAGAAUGGAUACAAUAGUUGAGUUCCAUGCGGAUGGUGAUUAUGACCUCGGUAGAAUGGAUACAAAUGAUUCCAUUUCCGUCGCGGAAGAAAAGGACGCCUCGUUAAGUCAUAUGUGGGCAGAACUGGAUAACCUUGAUAGUUUUUUCACAAAAGAUACAAAUGUACCAAAUAUCUCCUCUAAAAUGGGCAUGGGCAUACCACAUGGACGUUCUGACUCGAUUGAAACUACUCGUACUGAUCAAACAUUCUCUUUUGAAUCUGCUCCACAGUUAUAUGAUAAGAAGGUUUCCGUUAUAUUGAAUAGAAGUCUGUCUAGAACACCCUCUAAUGUCUCAUUCAAGACACAUUUGGCUGAUUCUUUUGCAGUAAAAAUAAAUAGGAAUGGCAAGCCAAGAAUAUGA